GCCUACAUGUCGAUGUUCGAGACAAGUGAUGUCACUUUGCUAGACAGGGCAGAAGCUAGGAGCUACGAGGACUUCAAUGUUUUGGAAACGAUCAAGACGACAUAUGAACGACAGGCAAGUGCUGAUGAUUGGUCUGAUUGGACCGACUGGGCAAUCAAUGCAGUAGCCGAACUUUGCAACUACAACGACAACAACAGUUGGGAUCAGACUUGGGUCGACCCACUUUGGUCUUGGGAUGCUUGGUCCUGGGAUACUUCGUGGGAUCCUUGGGGGUUGGUCUUCGGACUUUCCUUCGGAGCCUUGGCCGACGGAGAGGAGGCUUCCUCCUCGAGCCUCGAGCGGCACGGCAACUUUGCCCGUGUCUGCUGUGACUUUGGAGUUGUAGACUUGAACUUUGGUGGUUUCGGUGAGCCUUCUGACAUUGUACCUCCGGCCCUGAUGGCCCCGCUUGAGACUUUCUCCUUGAAUGGUCGCACGGAUGAGACCCAACGACUUUUCGGCGUUGGUGAUCUCGGUCUUAAGAAUUUGAAUACGGCUUUCAACCAUGUUGCUUUGGAGCUUGGAGGAUACGGACCCCUGGAUACUUUUCGACGCAGGAGCUGCCACACAGUGUUGUCCGAAGGACUUUGCUUCGGAGUGGCCGCUUUUGCCACUUACAGGAGACUCGUGAAGGUUGACUUUGAGGGCCAGCCCUGCUUUCUACACUUCUACGUUUGCGACGUGCCCAUCGUUGGGCAUGGCUCACUCCUGGUCUUGAGGCCCACUUUGGCACCUUUCAACAAGGAAGAGUUUGAGGAACGUUGGGAGACGAAAAACGCUUUGCUUGAGCAGCUCUUAGAGAACCUCUACAGGAGUACACUUCUUGUGCCUGAAGACUCUCACUUUGAAGAGCAGCUUGGCAAUGGUCGCGCCAAGAGCCGCAGACUUUCCUUGAAGCAGCCUGUUCUGCGGAUGGACUUUAGCUUUCUUGGCGACAGCCUGGUGAGGCGCGCAGGCGCACCUUACUCGCAGGCCGAGUUGCAUCGCUUUGCGCUUGAGACCGGUCGAACCUUUGGUGUGUUGCAGUGUGAUCCUGAGCCCGCCCUCCGCGCCAUUGCAAUUGCAACUUCUGUGACCGGUGAAGUCGGCGGACUUUCUUUUCGUUCAACCCUUGUCGGUAACAUGCAGGCCACUUUGUAUGGACAGAUCGAAGCCUUACGCCUUGAAGUCUUGGAGCGCUACGACGUCGACUUGUCAACCGUUACCUUUGCAACGCGGAAGGCGCUACAGCUUUCGAGCGACCGCUGGCGCAAGAAGUACGCCGGCUUUCUUUGCCGCUUUGGCGAAACGGCAGUGUCGGAUCAGCGCUUUGUUGCUGACGGUUCGAUUGCUGAGACAGACACUUUUGUCUUUCCAGCCAAGCGGUCCGGGGAGGCGACCGGACUAGACCCUCCGAACUUUGCCGAAGAGCAGCAGUCGACCGAGCCACUUGCAACUGGUGACUUGCUAAACUAG